CUUUGGAUGCUGAAUAUUAAUUUAUACAGGUUUGGAUCAUUGCUUUGUCAGAAAUCGAACAACGUCCCCUACGACAACGGACAUGAGCUACGCUGCCCCGCCGCUACCUGCCCCCACUUCCACCAACGUGCACGGCGAUGACGACGACUGGAAGCGCUCCCUGAAAGCACCCGAGAAGGACACCCGCUUCCAAACCGAAGACGUCACCAAUGUAAAAGGCAACGAUUUUGAAGACUACUUUUUAAAGCGAGAGCUGUUGAUGGGCAUAUUCGAGAAAGGCUUUGAACGCCCGUCGCCCAUCCAAGAAGAGGCGGUGCCCAUCAUUUUAGCUGGUCGAAACGUCAUGGCCCGGGCAAAGAACGGCACUGGGAAGACCGCCGCGUUCAUCAUUCCGUGCCUGGAAAAGACCGACACCACGAAAAACCACAUACAAGUGAUGAUCCUUGUCCCUACCCGCGAAUUGGCGCUCCAAACUUCGGCCAUCGUGAAGGAAAUCGGCAAGCACAUGGGCGUCGAAUGCAUGGUGAGCACGGGCGGCACGAGCUUAAAGGACGACAUCAUGCGUUUGUACAACACGGUUCACAUCCUCGUGGGCACCCCUGGCCGCAUCAUGGACUUGGCCAACAAGGGCGUCGCAGACCUGAGCCAAUGCUCGACCGUGAUCAUGGACGAAGCGGACAAGCUGCUGUCCCCCGAGUUCCAGCCGCUGCUCGAGCAACUGGUCAACCACACGGCGCCAGGGCGGCAGAUCUGCCUCUUCAGCGCCACGUUCCCCGUCACGGUCAAGUCGUUCAAGGACAAGUACAUUGACAACCCGUACGAGAUCAACCUCAUGGACGAGCUCACGCUCAAAGGCGUGUCGCAGUUCUACGCGUUUGUGGAGGAGCGUCAAAAGGUGCACUGCCUCAACACGCUCUUCUCCAAGCUCGACAUCAACCAGAGCAUCAUCUUUUGCAACUCGGUGAACCGCGUGGAGCUGCUGGCGAAGAAGGUGACGGAGCUCGGGUUCUCAUGCUUUUACAUUCACGCCAAGAUGAACCAGGCGCACCGCAACCGCGUGUUCCACGAGUUCCGCAACGGCGCCACGCGGCACUUGGUGUGCUCGGACCUGUUUACGCGGGGCAUCGACAUCCAGACCGUGAACGUUGUGAUCAACUUUGACUUUCCGAAAAACUCGGAAACGUACCUCCAUCGCAUCGGUCGGUCGGGGCGGUUUGGCCACCUCGGGCUUGCAAUCAACAUGAUCACGUACGAAGACCGGUUCAACCUGUACAGAAUCGAACAAGAGCUCGGCACGGAGAUUCGACCUAUCCCGCCCGUGAUUGACCGCAACCUGUACUGCAAGUAGAGACCGAGUGCGAGUGGAGUGUUACCCUUAGAGAUAGGAACGUAGUUAGGUGCAGGCAUGAUCGUCGUUUUGGUUCGACAACAACGAGCGAGGAAGAGAAAAUCACAGUAAAACACACAAAAAAACAAGGCUACUAUGGCCGAAACCCCCCUGUUGGU